CAUCCAUGAGGGACAAGAAGUAGACUUCUUUCUACUGAGGUACUUUUUCACAGUUUCUCUCCAGGACAACAAGGUUUUUCUACUGAACCUGUCAAAAUGAAGCAGCUUGUUCUCUUCAUGUGCCUCUUGGUCUCUACUCUCGCUGCCCCUUUUCCAGCAAGCGAAAGCAGUGAGAUUGCAGCACAUGCUAAUGAGGCCCUGAGGUGGAUGGAGAUGUACAGGCUGUACCAGCAGCAGGGAAUAGUCCAAAAUCCCUUCAUUCCCUCUGCUAAUUCUCCCGAUGGUAACCCUGCCACCAAAGCUGCAGGACGUGCCCUGCUGAACUCUGAUGAGGUAGAGGAGGCCGAGGAGGUGGAAGCAGCUGAGGCCGACCCAGCCAUGGUUGAAGCAGAGCCUUCAGCAAACCCUGCAGCGGUAGAGCCAGCUGUAGUUGACGUCCCCAUAGAUGUUGCUCCAGUUGAUGAUGCUGCUGCUGUGGAUGUACCUCCUGUUGAUGUAGUUCCUGUUGACAGUGCCCCAGCAGCCCCUGAGGUGGCCGUUGAUCCAGCUGCCCCUGCCACCGCCGAUAUACUUGCUGCUGCUGAUGUCCCAGCUGAGGUUGACGCCCGUGCCACUGAUGUCGGUGAGGCUAACAUGACAGGAGGGCCAGCAGAUCCCACUGCACUGUAAUCUGCCUCUCAUCACCAGCAACAAUACUCCUCUGUUAGCAAAUAGAACAAAAGCUGAAAACAGAUACAGGUGAUGUAGUUAAAAGAGACCAAAAAAAGUAUUUGGGAAAAAAUUGAACACUUUGUAAAGAGAAUAACCAAAAUGUGUUUUCAGACCUAAUCUAAAAAGGGUUUUUUUGUUUGUGGUUUCUCUCUUUUUCUGUAGUUCUGUAAUUGAAAGUUUAUUCUUAGUCAUCAACACAUUGUAUAAAUGGUUGAGGAUUAUCUUAUGUUUUAUUGUUUUGCUGUACUGUCCACAGUAUUAAACCAUUAAAGUGCCAAAAAAUAACAUAUCA